AUGAACUCUAAUACAGUAUUUACAGAGAGUCAAAGCGAAAGUCGGAGUCUAAAAUUGAACACCUCGAUUUCAAAGCAUGACUCUAAUUGGUAUGUUUUUGGAGUAAGGUUAGCACGAAUAUGCCUGGAUCGAGCAGCAAAGCAUCUUCAAGCAAAAUUCAAAAGAAAACCCACAGGUAUUGAACACAUUAGAAAGUAGCGACUUUUAGUCAAUGCAACAAACGUUGGGAUAAGGCUCUUUUGGUUGGGUGACUUUAGUUAAGGAGAUUAAGACUGGGAACCUAUUUGCCAUGAAAGCAGUAUUAUUGAAUGUUCAAUGUCAUAGAUGAGGAAGGAAGAACUCUUUAAGUAUUGCACAGUGGAUAAUUUGAAGAGGGAGAUAAAGAUUUAACGUAAAUUGCAUCAUCCCAAUAUUAUUAAAUUGGAUAGUUAUUUCGAAGACAAGGUAUGAGUAUGGUGUAAAGAAAAGACCAAUGUCUAUCUCAUUUUGGAGUACGCAGAAGGAGGUUCUCUGUUUAAAAAGAUAAAAAAGGAGCGUCGACUUUCUGAGGAGGAAGCCUUUCAUUAUCUCUAUCAGACUUGUUUGGGAAUCGAGUACUUACACAAGAUGAAGAUAAUCCAUCGGGACAUAAAGGUUGAAUUGUGUGUGAUAUCCUAAUAGCCUGAGAAUCUGUUGUUGGAUGCGAAGGGGAAUAUAAAGAUAUGCGAUUUUGGGUGGUCCACUGAAAUGGAUAAUCUGAAAAAGGCCUUUUGCGGAACGAUCGAGUACAUGGCACCAGAGAUGAUCAAGUCUCAGAGUACGAAUUACAAAUUGGAUAUCUGGUGUUUGGGCGUAUUGUUGUAUGAGAUGGUUCAAGGUAAGCCUCCUUUUACAGGAAGAAAUGAUUAGGAGAAGUGUGUCGCCAUUCUGUCAGGGUAGCAGUUGAAAUACGAGGAAUCCGUGAGUGAAGACUGCAAGGCAUUGAUUGCCAUGAUUCUGCAACCGAAUCCAUUUAAUAGGCCUUCUAUUUAAGGUAUUCUCAAUCAUAAAUGGAUGUCAUCGAAGUAAAAGUAUUAGUCUCGCAACGAUCAGUUGAAUUCCAGAAGCAUCUCUAUGCUGAUGGACGAAUUUAGUCAUUCUCCCAUAAAAUCUUGUCCAACAUUUGUUUCUGAAAGGAAAACCAACAGCAAGGAAUGGGAAGAUAUGAAAAAUAGAUCUCAACAUUUUGUGUUCCAUCAACCUUAGCCCUUAAACGAUCAGCCAGAAUAGACUUUCUUCAGAAGAAUCCUCAUUUCUCUUGGUUGUAUUAAUCGUUGA